UAGUUAGACGUGCCACAAUCCGAGCUCUCUCGAAAUAUUAAGCAUGGAGGAAAACAAGACAGUGUGUGUAACAGGAGCAUCAGGAUACAUAGGAUCCUGGCUUGUCAAGACACUUCUGGAAAGAGGAUAUCAUGUCCGAGCUACUGUCCGUGAUCCUGGAAACGAGAGGAAGGUGAAGAAUCUGUUGGAGCUGCCGAAUGCAAGUACGCAUUUGAGCUUGUGGAAAGCUGAUUUAGCUGAGGAAAGUGGUUAUGAUGAUGCGGUUCAAGGUUGUCAAGGUGUUUUCCAUGUCGCCACCCCUAUGGAACUUCUUUACCAGGACGAACCUGCUGAGAACGAAGAAAUAGAAUCAACAACAUUGAAUGGGAUACUGAGCAUAAUGAGGUCGUGCUCUAAGGCUAAAACUGUGAAGAGGUUCAUCUACACCUCAACCACAGCAACCAUUUUGAUGCAACGUCAACCACCAGUUGACGAGUACACUGAGGAGCAUUGGUCUGAUUUGGACUUAUGCUAUGAACUUAAGAUGUACGGAUGGAUGUAUGUGGUGGCGAAAACUACUGCUGAGAGAGCUGCAUGGAAAUAUGCCGAAGAGAAUGGGAUCGAUAUGGUCACCGUUCAUCCUUCCAUUGUACUUGGCCAUUUCAUUACUCCUCACACAAGCUUUAGUACUGAAGCUGCAACUGCCUUGUAUACCACAGAAAAUGAAGCUAACAUGGCUUUGCUAAAGAAGCUACACGGAUCUCCUGCUGUGCAUUUGGAUGAUGUAUGCAAUGCACACAUAUACCUGUUUGAGCAUCCUCUGGCCAAGGGAAGAUACAUUUGCUCCUCUCAUACUUAUAAUGUCUUUGAAAUUGGACAUUCACUUAGCCUCAAGUACCCAGACAGGAAUAUAAUGACCGAAUUUGAGGGCUUAGACAAGUCACAAAGAAUCAACCCUGUUUCGUCCAAGAAGCUGAUGAGCCUUGGUUUUGAGUUUGCACACAAAAACAAAGGUGUGGGCGACUUGUGCGCUGAAACUAUCGAAUCGUGCAGGGAAAAGGGUUUGCUUUGAUCAAGGAGUUGAUUGAAUCUAUGAUUAUUUUUAAUUUUGAUGCUAAACAUCUCAUGGUACCAACUAUUAAUACUAUAUAUAUUUCCACACUGGACGCUUGUACCUUGUUGGUUUUAUAUUUACAUUAAUGUUUAAA